GUCAGCGGUAGUGGCAGUCCAGCACGCGAUCAGUCAAGAAGGAGCGACCAGCGGCGGCCAGUCGAACCGUCCCACACUGCUUGUGUCUAUCGCACAAUAUGUUGGCCAGGGUGUUGGCCCUCCUCGCGCUCUGUGGCCUGAGCCACGCUGCCGAGCUGCCUGCGAUCUUCCAGACCUGCCAUGUGAACGACGUCGACUUUAACACCUGCCUCGCUAAGGCCAUCGAAGACGCGCUCUACAAGCUAAAAGAUGGCGAGGAGACGCUGGGCCUCGCACCGAUCGGCCCCCUCCACGUAGUUGAAAUGUCUUUGGAUCUGGGCGAGGGCCCCAUCUCAUUCGCCCUCAAGGUCCGGGACCUGGUCGUCGCCGGCAUGGAGAACACCACUAUCGUGUCGGUCGAACUCGACCCGAAGAAGCACGUACUCGUCAUGAAGUUCAAAUUGGACCACCUGCGCCUAGACUUCCAGUACACAGCAAGCGGGCAUAUCCUCGUGGUGCCGAUCAAGGGAGGUGGACCUGCCUUCUUCGAGAUGGACAACCUCUUCGGUACGCACAUCGUCUCCACCGAACCUGUUGAGAGGGAGGGUAAGACCUACUGGACGAUCGCCAACUACACGAUAAACAUCGAGCCCAAGGCAAUGAGGUGCCACUUCGACGACAUCCUCAAGGGCAACUCCGAGGUCAGCGACAAGGUCAACGGAUUCCUCAACUCCGAAUGGAAGCUCUUCUACAAGCAAAUCCAAGGACCGGCAGAAGAAGCGUACGCCAAAUUGUUCAAGCACUUGGCUAGCCGCGUGUUCGACCAGGUCCCCAUCACGGACAUCUUCCGCGACAUCUAAGCAGGGGAUCGUGAGGGAGUAUCAUAAUAUGCUGUUGAUCUCACCCACAUCAGAAACAUCCGCCGCGUUAUUGAGGGAAAGACCCCUGCGCGCGUCAUUUAACUCAUAUUUGAAUGUAAAACGUCCUAUGAUCAUAAAGUGUACGGUCCAAUUUGUCGCUUAUUAACUAUUUUUAUUUUUUUGGUUAA